AAAUCGUCAAGCGAUGCUUCGUUAUUCGCCAAUUAAUCUCAGAGCCUGACUUUGUUUGUCAAACGUAUCUGCACCAUGGAUAAAAGCUGUAUGGCAGGGAAACUAUGGGGAGGACGAUUCUCAGAAAGCACGGAUUUAGAAUUAAACAAAUUAAACGCAUCUCUUGACAUCGACAAACGGAUGUACGCUGAAGACAUACAGGCGAGUAUCGUAUAUGCCAAAGCAUUGUGCAAGGCGAAAUUACUAACCGAAGAUGAAGCGAGGAGAAUAAAAGACGGUUUAAUAAAGGUGAAAAAAGAGUGGGACAGUGAAAAAUUCAUAGAAGUACCGAGCGACGAAGACAUCCACACAGCUAAUGAACGAAGACUGACGGAGAUUAUUGGGAAUACAGCUCGAAAAUUGCACACCGGAAGAAGUCGCAAUGAUCAAGUCGCGACGGAUACCAGAUUAUGGUUGCGAAAAGGGAUUGAUAAUAUUUCGAAACUGAUGAAAGAUGUUAUCCAGGUACUUUUAACUCAAGCCGAGAAAGACAUCGAUGUUCUCAUGCCAGGAUAUACUCAUCUGCAACGUGCACAGCCAAUUCGUUGGAGCCAUUGGAUACUUAGUCAUACCUGGGCCAUGAAGAGUGACUUGGAGAGAUUGCUGGAGAUCCGCAAACGAGUUAACUCCAUGCCUUUAGGAUGUGGUGCAUUAGCAGGAAAUCCUUUUCCCAUUGACAGAACCGAAAUGGCGAUUGAACUUGGCUUUGAAAGCAUUGUGAGAAAUAGCAUGGUAGCUGUUGGAGAUCGAGACUUUAUUGCUGAGUUCCUAUUUUGGGCAUCUCUUACGUCGAUUCACCUGAGCAAGCUUUCCGAGGAUUUGAUCAUCUACAGCAGCCAGGAGUUCGAUUUUGUGAAAUUAUCAGAUGCCUUUUCCACUGGCAGUAGUCUGAUGCCUCAGAAACGAAAUCCGGAUUCCCUGGAACUUAUACGGGGAAAAAGUGGAACACUUUACGGCAAGUGCGCAGGCUUCAUGAUGACACUAAAAGGACUCCCUUCGACGUACAAUAAAGAUCUGCAAGAAGACAAGGAAGCUCUUUUCUCUGCGUACGAUACAUUAGUGAACGUAUUGAACGUCACUCAAGGAAUGUUAGAAACUCUAACGAUAAAUCCAGAAAAAUGUAGAGCAGCGCUGACGUAUGAUAUGCUGGCAACCGACAUAGCUUACUAUCUUGUUCGCAAAGGGGUCACUUUCCGAGAAGCUCAUCACAUUGUUGGCCAAGUAGUUACCUUGUCAAAGGAUACUGCUAUUCGAGACAUUGGCCUGUCGCAAUUGCAAUCUAUCAGUAAGGCGUUUGAAGAGGACAUCGAACAAGUUUGGGACUUCGAGCGCAGUGUUGAACAAUAUCAAGCUGCAGGUGGCACAAGUUUGACCGCAGUUCAACAUCAAAUUGCACUUCUUCGUUCCUGGCUAUGCAAAGAAACCAGAAAGUGAUUAAUUACCUGGUUAAUAAAAAUCAUUAAAGCCUGCCCCCUCGGUGUAAUGCUCGACGGCUAGAUUAAAGAAGUCUUCCUUAUCAAUGGAUUUACAAGCUAUAUUUUCUUCAAGAAGGCCAAUGAUAUGUAAAAAUACAUAUAUUAUCUAUA